UGUUGGUUGUAACCGGUAACAGUAGGUAAAUCACUUGCUUUAAAAUCAUGGAAGGGGUGAAGAAAAUUUACAACAACAUUACGAAAUCUCCGCGUGACGAUCGCAUGUACCGAGGUGUAGAACUCUGUAACAACAUGAAAGUUCUUGUGAUCAGUGAUCCAUCAACUGAUAAAUCUGCGGCAGCUUUGGAUGUUCACAUUGGUAGUAUGAGUGAUCCAUCUGAACUGCCAGGGCUUGCUCAUUUCUGUGAACACAUGCUGUUUUUGGGCACAAAGAAAUAUCCAUCGGAGAAUUCAUUUACUCAGUUUUUAAGUGAGAAUGGUGGAUCCUCUAAUGCUUUCACUAGUGCAGAACAUACAAAUUUUUUCUUUGACAUUAAACAUGAAUGUCUACAGGAAGCCUUGGAUCGGUUUGCACAGUUUUUUCUAUGCCCACUGUUUAAUUCAGAUGCAACAGAAAGAGAAGUCAAUGCUGUUGACUCAGAACACUGUAAGAAUGUCUUAAGUGAUUCUUGGAGACUAAACCAGUUGGACAAGUCUUCAGUCAGUCCAUCCCAUCCUUACAGUAAAUUUGGAUCAGGUAACAAAGUUACUCUUGACGUCAAACCAAAAGAGAAUGGACUUUGUGUGCGUGAUGAGUUACUGAAAUUUCACAGUUCAUAUUACUCAGCUAAUAUCAUGGCAUUGACCAUUCUAGGCAGAGAUUCUCUUGACGACCUGACAAACCUGGUUAUAAAGCUCUUUUCAGACACAGAAGAUAAAAACGUAUCAAUUCCAGAGUUUCAUGAUCAUCCUUAUGAUGAUGAGCAAGUACAGGUAGAAUUGAAAGUGGUGCCUAUCAAAGACAUAAAGCAGUUAAAUAUUUCCUUUCCAAUCCCUGAUGUUAACCAGUACUAUGAGAGCAAGCCUUGUCAUUACAUAUCUCACCUCCUUGGUCAUGAAGGUAAAGGAAGUUUGCUUUCAGACCUCAAAACCAAAGGCUGGGUGAAUGAACUUGUUGCUGGAGGAGCAAGUGGAGCUAGGGGUUUUAUGUUCUUUAUUUGUAACAUGGAACUCACAUCUGAGGGACAAGACCAUGUGUAUGAAAUAGUGGCAUGUGUAUUUCAAUACUUGGAAAUGCUCAGAAGGCAAGAACCUCCAGACUGGAUAUUUAAAGAGUGCCAGGCCCUUUGUGAAGUUAGAUUUCAAUUUAAGGACAAGGAGAAUCCUGGAUCCUAUGUGUGUUCAUUGGCCCGCUGUUUACAUGAGUUUGGAAUAGAUGAUGUCCUACAAGGACAAUUUGUAAUGAAGUAUUUUAAACCUGAAUUGAUUAAAAUGAUUCUUUCCCAUCUUGUGCCAUCAAAAGUGAGAAUAACCCUGAUUUCAAAACUUUUUGAAGGCAAAACAGAUCUUGUAGAAAAAUGGUAUGAAACAGAAUACUCUAAAAGCAAAAUCUCUCCAGAGUACAUGAAGGAGUGGAACAAUGUGUUAUUAAACCCUUCUCUGCAACUACCUGAGGAAAAUGAGUUUAUCCCCGCAGAUUUUACAUUAAGGGAAAGGCCUCAAGAUUCUUCAUCCAUUCCCAUACUCAUUAAGGAUGAUUCUUUGUUGAAAGUUUGGUUUAAACAAGACGACACAUUCCACCUCCCCAAGUCAUGUCUUCUGUUUGAAAUAACAAGUCCUUUGGCGUAUGUGGAUCCGUGCCACUGUAACAUGGCGCACUUGUUUGUAGAGCUGCUGAAGGACUCAUUAAAUGAGUAUGCCUACGCUGCCGAGAUUGCUGGAGUGCAUUACAAACUGGAAAACACCAUGUAUGGAAUCUUUUUAAGUAUCAAAGGAUAUAACCACAAACAGCCUGUUUUAUUGAAGAAGAUUUUCGAAAGAAUGGCAAACUUCCAAGUAGACCCUAAGAGGUUUCCACUCAUCAAAGAAAGGUGUGAGAUUGCACUGAAGAACUUUGUUGCUGAACCUCCUCAUCAGCAUGCUUUGUACUACACGUCAUUUUUGUUAGAAGAACUAGCGUGGCAUAAAGAUGACCUGUUAGAAGCAUUAGAGGAGGUAACACUGGAGAAGCUGAAAGCUUUCAUCCCUGAUUUGUUAGGGAGACUUCAUAUCGAGUGUUUGUUUCAUGGGAACUUGACCAAAGAAGAAGCUCUGGACACCGCAGAGCUGGUAGAAAAGAUCAUCAAAGAAGACAGCAAGACUAAACCUUUGUUACCAUUACAGUUAAUUCGGCACAGAGAAAUACAGUUACCAGACGGUUGUUCGUAUCUUUUUGAAGUGCAGAAUGAAGUUCACAAUAAUUCAAGUUUGGAAAUAUAUUAUCAGUGUGACCUGCAAGCUACCAAAAGUAAUGUACUUCUGGAGUUGUUCUGUCAGGUCAUCAGUGAACCAUGUUUUAACACUCUUAGAACUCAAGAGCAGUUAGGGUAUAUUGUCUUUAGUGGAGUAAGAAGAUGUAACGGUGCUCAGGGUCUCCGUGUCUUGAUACAAUCUGAAAAAGAACCUUCUUUACUAGAUUCACGAGUUGAAAACUUCCUUCAAGGAAUCGAGGAUUACAUCAAAACAAUGUCGGAAGAGGAAUUAAAAAACCAUAUUGAGGCACUUGCAGUGAAAAGGAUGGACAAACCCAAGAAAUUAUCUUCGGAAUGUAUGAAACACUGGAAAGAAAUCCUCUCUCGACAAUACAACUUUGACAGGGAUAACAUUGAGGUGGGAUUUCUAAUGACUGUCACCAAAGAAGAUGUUCUGGCAUUUUAUCGGGAUCUUCUUGCUUUUAAAGCACCUAGACGGCACAAGUUGGCCGUCCAUAUUUUAUCUAAGAAAAUGACCAAGAAUGCAGAUAACGAGUCUAAAAACGAAUACGAUGAAAAUGAGAAAACCGAAGAUGCUGAUGCUCUUCCUGCGCAGACCGUUAUUGAUGACAUCACUGCAUUUAAGAGUAGUCUUCCAUUAUUUCCACUUGUGCCACCAUACCACAGUCAACCUACGAAAUCCAAGCUGUAGACCAGAGAAUUAAUCUCAGUACUUUCGCUUUCCUUCCUUCGCCUUCCAUUUCUCUGUGGUCGUCUCUCGCUAGAGUUCGAAAACUGUUCUUUUUGCGUUAAUUUGCUAUCUACAAUGUAUCUUGAUGUGGUGAAUGAGCAUUUUGACCAGCAUCUAAUUUCUCUUCACAUUGCCACUGCUGAAUCUUUCAUUAAGAUCGUGAGAUUAAAGGAAAUGAUCGCCAACCUAAGAAGCUUUGAUUGUUAAACGAAUUCUCCUUGUCAGUACUUAAGGAAAUGUAUAGAGAAGAGUGUAGAGAAUAUGGGUAUUGAUGCAAGAACGAGGAGGGUUUAAGUGUUUGAACCUGAUUGGAAUAUUGGUAAUUAUUCCGUCUCCUGCGAACCCCAUUUUUUUCUCGUCACGGAACAUGUCUUUGGGAGCAAAGAAUCAGGGCCCGGACGUACGGUGUAUUUACAUACGCAGUAUUACGUGCGUUCUAUUAAUAGCUCAAUGACCAACGGCA